AUGGUUCUCAUAAAAAUUCCCCUCAUGUUUGUUCAGCAGCGUCGACGCAACAAAACCGUACAUGGAAUCGGCGCGCCAAUGACAAAUGCGGAUGUUCAGCUGCAAGGAUGUCCGCAGCAUGAGGUUAUUGGAAAAGGGCAAAAUAAUAAUUGGAAAUUUAGGUUAUCAUAGUCCAAGUGCUGGCGAUUCUGCCGCUGGUUCUUCGAAAUAUCGGACUCCCCUGGCUGCUCCACGGCCGCCGCUGCGACACUAGUAGAUUCGCCUUUUGGUUGGUACUUCUUCUCAAAAAUUUAAGGCAUGGGGGUAGUAAAAAUCGAAAUCAGUAUCUAGUAGAGCUUUUCAUUGCAAAAAAACGGUAUGCUUGGAAAUGUACGAAAGUUCCUAUUUACGGAGAAAAGCUUUUUCGAAACCAGCUCGGACAUUGGUAACGCGAAACGGACGUGCUUCGGACGUUUCUGGGCGAUUCUAGGGAUCACUUGAUGCUACUAAAGUGGUCACUAAAAAUGCCCCGACACGUCCAAUUUGCGUCCCGUUCGCGUAACCAAGGACCGAGGGAAAGAAAAAGUUUUAUUUUGCAGUAAAGUAAAGAAACAGUAAAGUUACUCUAUGGACAAUCGCCAUUUUCAAAAAAGAAUUGUUUUCUUUUUUUUCGUUUUUUUCUCAGUUUUCAAUUUUUUCUGUUGUUACCAGAGUUUUUUUCGUCACAAAAACUCUCUUUUAAUGUGUACUUCGAACAAUUUGAUCGCAUAAUAAUUCUCUGGUGACAAAUGACGAUUUUAUACAACUUUCGGUUGAGAAAUCGAUAUUUUGCGUUUCCUUUAUUAUCGGUAUGUGUUUUUUGUUUUCCUAAAUGAUUUUUCAGUAAACAGUUUCUGUAAACCGAUCCAAAGCAUUUUUUCAAAAUGAAAAGCGGGAGAAUAAAAUCGCGUUUUCUUUAAAAGUAUUCUUAACUGUGCUUUUUUGAGUACACCGUCCGAUUCGCAAUGAAAAGCUCUACAAGAUACCGUUUUUUACUGCCCCGACGCCUUUAAACAGAAAAAGUCCUGUCUCACACAAAAUUUUCAGGCUAAAAUUCCUCGUGGACCUGGUUCUUCUAGUGCUCCCAGCCCUGUUGGCCGUCACGACAUGGACAUCUUAUCUGUAUUUCGCUCUGAUUUCCCAGUCCGCCUUUGUUCUCUUCGUCCUCGGCUUGGUCUUCUACGACGCCUGCACCAAUCCGAAUGCUCCGACACUAUCGGUAGCUAUUAAAGUCCUUACUUUAUUGAUGGAUCCGGGUUACAGCAAGUCCUUAACAAGGAAAUCGAGGAUAAACACCAACCAACUAGGUUCUUCACUUAUUAUCGGUAUCACUUCUCAAUAGGGAGUCAUUAAAGUUAACAUUUCAGAUCCCUGACAAUGUCUCUAAUUUGCGCGGCAAUCUUAGCAGUCGAUUUCCCGUUGGCUUUUCCAUCGAGAUUUUCGAAAACUAGUGAGAGAAAAAAAAAGUCGUACUAAACAGGAACUGCUACAGGAACCUAUGGACAUUCUAUGAUGGAUGUAGGCGUGGCGGCAAUCAUUUUCCAAGCCGGAGUAGGCAGCGGAUUGCGGAAUCUGGUCAAAAGAGUGUAAGCGUUUACUUAUUUGAUGCAAAAACUAUAGUCUUCCGCCUCUCUGCCAAAUGUACGAAAAAUACGAGAAAACUUUUGAAACCCAGAAAACUUAGGAUCUCCUGAGUGGUCCCUAUAGGGGCAACCUUACUCGGAAAACUUUGAGCUAUAGAUACUCCCCAAGGACUACUUGAAGAGGACACUAUAGUGGCCACUAAAACCACAUCUAUAGAGGCCACUAUUUGUUCAUUAGUGGAAACUUUAGUAGUUCUAGUCAUCUAAUAGUACCACUUGGAACUCUAUGAUGGUCACUAGAACGUCAAAACCCUAUAGAGGCCACGAAAGUUUUUUUUUUGUUUCCAUGGGAAAAAUUGAAAAAAUAAGCGUUAUUUUCAUAAAAUGAGAGGCCCUAUAGAGUUCACUUAAGCUUUGAGGGCUAAGAAGUCAGACCCUAAACCCCUAUAGGGAGCACCUUAAUUUUACCCCUGAAGGGGUCACUUUUUCGGCCCCUCUACGGGUUGGUUUCAGCCUUAAACCCUAUAGGAACCACUAUAGAAUCAAUUUCAGACCGUCGACCAAGCCCCGGUCUCACUGGCUCCUCUCGCCGACGCCGAUUCUUUUCGCCUUGGGAUUCGGUCGGACCUUUGUCCUGCUAGUUCUUCAUUAUCCUCACAGUGUCAUCGAAUACGGUGUCCACUGGAACUUCUUCUUCACUAUUGCAUUCGUUCGGGUUGCUUUAACUAUCCGAAUGUUUUCAAAAAAAGAUUUUUCUAGGUAGCCAAUGAUAUAAUUCCCUGCCAAUUUCCUAUUCUGAACGCCAUAUUGGUCGCCGCUUUUCAAGUGGUUGUUCUUCUUGGCUUCGGCUUGGAGGUCAGACUUUUUCUUCGCUUUUUAAAAUUUUUUCAAAAUAUGGGAAAGCGAAAAAAAUUCUUUAAGUAAGUUUUUGCAAAAAUCACGAAAAAAAAUCGAUAAUCUUAGGAACUCCAGAGUGGUCCCUAUAGAGGCAACCUUUGGGGCCUUUGCAGGGUCCCCUAUAGUGACCACUUGAGCUUUAGGGGCUAAGGAAUCAUACCACCCCUAUAAAAAAAACCUGAUUUUUCCUCUUUAGGGAUCACUUUUCGGCUCAUAUAGGGGCUGUUGCUUCCCCUCACCCCUAUAGGGGCCACUUUUUCCGCCCCUAUAGAAGCUGUUUCCCCCUUGAACUCUAUAGGGACCACUUAAGCUUUAGGAGCUAAGGGGUCAGACCCUAUACCCCUCUAGGAACCAUCUUGAUUUUACCCCUAUAGGGACCUCUUUUUCGGGCUCUAUAAAGGCUGUUUUCCCCGAAUCCCUAUAGGGACAACUCUUCCUCUAUAUAGACUGUUUCCCCCUUAAACCAUAUAGAGACCACUCUGAAGCCCCUUAAGAGAAUGAGAGAUAUGUGGCGACUCGAAGAGACACCAGAGAAACAGUGAUUCUUUUUUUUCUCUAACACCUCUUCAAAACUUCAGUUCUCUCACUUCUGUUUUCUUUUUGGCCUAGAAAGAAAAAAAAAUCGAAAAUUCCAGGAUUUCGUUCUAAAAGACGGCGAAAACCUCCGUGACAACAUAUUCUCAGCGAAUGCCGAAGGGAUCUCCUCCCUAAUCGGCUACUUGCUCAUUUUCUACAUAGGUCUCAUCAUCGGCCAGUUUAUCAGUACAACUGAGUAAGUUCCCUAACUUAAAAUAUCAAAAAACUAAUUUGAAAUAUUCAGAAAUCGGGUAAAAAGUUGGGCUCAACGAUGUGGCCACCUGGUGCUGCUCGCCCUCAUGUUCUACUGCUUUCAAGUGGUCGCCGAAGGGUUUUUCGGGCCUCCUUCGCGUCGUGUCGCCAACCUUACUUAUAUUCUAUCCCAAGUGAUCAGAAUAUUGGAAAAACUUGUUGGAAAUGAGCUUUUUUCAGGCUUUCGGUCUAGUUUUCGCAGUGGCUUGCAUGGUGGGCGUUCAACUGCUGACAAUUUUACUCUGGUCCGCGAAUAUACUGGAAUUUUUCAAUGGUUGGUUUGAGACAAGCCCUAAGAAAAUUACUGUUUCGGUACGAAAAAAAUAUGAUUGCCCAUAUUGUGAUCUCGAGAGUGGUCCCUAGGGGUCCCCGCUGAGAAAAAAAAAGAUGACCAACCUCUAUAGGGACCACUAAAGCUUCCAGAAGUGGCCCUUAGAGGGGACAUUCAAGUCGAUGACUGUUAUGAAAUCUAAGCAAAGAAGCAUUUCCAUGGAAAAAAAAAAACAAUAAAUAAGCGUUUUUGAACGAAAUUUAGAGACCCCUAUAGGGUCCACUUGAGCUUUAGUGGAUGAGGAACACCCUAAACCCCUAUAGGCACCACUUUUUCGGCCCCUAUAAGGAUUUUUCUCCCCCUGGAGAACCAACACUUCAAGAUGUUGAUCCGCGUUUCCCCGGAAAAAGUCGGUUGCAGCUUUCCUCCUCUGUCCACUUGAGCCUUAGGGGCUAAGGGACACCCUAAACCCCUAUAGGCACCACUUUUUCAGUCCCUACAGGGUUUUUUUUUCCCUCCUAACCCCUAUAGGGACCACUCCGGAAUUUCCAAGCAUUUCACGAUGAAAAUUCCCUCGCUGCCAUAGAACGCAUUACAUUGCAAAAACGCCUGAUAUGACAGACCCCUAUAGGGUCCACUUUAGCUUUAAGGGCUAAGGGAUAACCGAAAACCCUAUAGGGGCCACUUUUUCGGCCGCGAUAAGGAUUGUUUUCUACCUAACCCCUAUAGGGACCACUCUGGAAUUUCCUAGAAUUUCACGAUAAUUCAAUCGUCGCCAAAGAGCCCACUUAGAUUGCAAAAACCUCUAACCAAAAAAUCCCAACUUUUCCAGGAGAUAACAUGUUCUCAAACCUGGACCCCUGUCUGGCAAAGACGCUCGGCAACUCGGGCCUCAUCUACUUCCUCAUCUCCAACAUUCUGACCGGCGCCGUCAACCAGGUCAUCGGCAACACUCACGGCGUCUCCAAAGAGAACUCCAUGCUCAUUCUGACGGCCUACAUGUCCGUGUCCGCCUUGAUUCCCCACUUGUUUGUGUACAAGAACUACAAAUUCGAAAAACCGCUUCCUUUGGUCGAUAAGCAAUCUUCGGUUGUUUAG